AUGAGAAAUAUAUUUAUAAAUACAAAAAAGAGGUUUCCCAAUUUUUGCUACUUUUCAUCAUUGCCAAAAGCAAAGGAACAAAUUAAAAAGACAAUUUUGUAUGACCUCCAUAAAAAGAAAAAUGCAAUUUUUAAAAUUUUCAACGGCUUUUAUCUGCCGGAUGAAUAUAAAGAUGACACAUUAAUAACUUCGCAUUUACAUACAAGAUCUAAAUGCUCAAUUUUUGAUUAUACAUAUAGACCAAUAUUAAAAAUAAGUGGAGCAGAUAAGAUAACAUUUUUAGAGAAAUAUAUUGGAAGUGAUAUAAAAGGUUUAUGGGAAAAUGAAUGUAGAAUUAGUUUUAUAUUAAAUGAAAAUGGAGGUAUAUUAGAUGAAAUAGUAAUUAUAUUAAAACCAGAACAUUUAUUAGUAUAUUUAAAUAUUCAAUGUAAAGACAAGAUAUAUAAAUAUUUAAAUAAUAAAUUAUUAGAAAAUAAAAAACUUGAUGUAAAAAUUGAAGAAUAUAAUAGUCAUAGUUCUAUAUCUUUACAAGGUUGUAAAUCUACUGAUGUAUUGAAUGAAUUAAUAAAUGAUGAUACAAAUGUUGAUGAGUUUAGUUUUAUGUCUAGUAAUAUAUGUAAAUUAAAUAAUGUAGAUGAUUGUUUAUUAAAUAGAUAUACAUGUACAGGUGAAGAUGGUUAUGAUAUACUUAUACCUAAUAAACAUGUACAAGCAAUAUAUGAAUGUAUACUUAAUAAUUCGCUAGUUAAACCUGGUGGGCUAGCUGUUUUAAAUACUUUAAGAUUAGAAAGUGGAUUUUCAGUAUAUGGAAAAGAUAUCAAUGAAAAUUAUACCCCAAUUGAAGCUAAUUAUCAAUGGGUAUUAGGAAAUCGAAGAUUAAAAGAAUUAGAUUUUAAUGGUGCUAACAUUAUUUCAGAUCAAAUUAAAAAUGGCACAAAAAUUAAAAGAGUUGGAAUUAUUGUUAAUUCAAAUAUUAUACCAAAAGAAAAUUCAAAAAUAUAUUUAAAUGAAAAAAAUAAAGAAAAUGAUAUUGGAUAUAUAACAAGUAGCUGUUUUUCUCCUAUGCUACAAAAACCAAUAGCUAUGGGUUAUGUACAUACAAAUCAUUCAGCAGUUAAUAAUAUGGUAAAAGUUGAAUGUAUGGAUAAAUUAGAGGAAGCACAAAUAACAAAAAUGCCAUUUGUUCCUCUAUCAGUAUAA